AUGGCAGCUAAGACAACAGCUUUUAAGAGCCUGCAUAUGGCUUUAGAGGAGAUAGGCGAAGAUAGAAAGUGGUAUAGGCUAGCCAAGGCUAGGGAUAGGAGGGCUUGUGACCUUAACCAAGUAAAGUGCAUCAAAGGAGAGGAUGGUGCAGUGUUGGUUAAGGAUGUCCUCACUUGGGAGAGGAAUAUCAAGGUUGAGAAAGUCAAGGAAGUUAUUUGCAGGAUGCGGCAGGGUAGGGCAACGAGGCCAAACGAGAUUCCAGUGAAUUUUUGGAAGAGCAUUAGCGAGAAUAACAAGGAAGACAUCGAGAGUUGCACCAAAUAUAAAGGUAUUAAGUUAUUGAGUCAUACUAUGAAGGUUUGGGAAAGAGUGGUAGAGUUAAGGAUGAGAAAUACCAUGACUAUCUCUAAGAAUCAGUUUGGUUUCAUGCUGGGUCACUCGACUACUAAGGCCAUUCACCUUGUGAGGAGAUUAGUGAAGCAAUUUUGGGAAAGGAAGAAAGAUUUGAGCAUGGUGUUUAUUAAUCUUGAGAAGGUAUAUGUCAGAGUUCCCAGGAAGAUUUUGUGGAGGUGCUUGAAGGCUAGCAGGGUGCCUGUGGCUUACACUAGGUCGAUUCAGGAUAUGUAUAAUAGUGAAAAGACUAUGUGA